AUGCCUCUCUUCGGACGCAAACACGAAGCAACUCCAACACAACCAGCUCCUGUAACCACCACCUCUCACCAUCGCCAAACAACACAAACCUCAUCCCCUCGCACAGGCGGCGGCCUCUUCCACCGUCGCCGCUCCUCCUCCUCCCUCAGCUCCUCCGACCUUGAACACAACCCAGCCGGCCGCCGUUCCUCCCGCCUCUCCAAAUCCGGCGGUGGUAUGGGAGGCCUCUUUUCCCGCGGCAGUACAGCUCACGAAGACCCCAGCAUCAUGGCCGCACGAGAACGUGUCCAAGCCGCUGAACGGGCCGAGCGAGAUGCGGAUUUCGCGCUGCAGCAGGCGAGGAAUAGUGUGCGGGAUGCGAGGGAGCAUGUGAGGAGGUUGGAGCUGGAAGCGGAGGCGGAGGCGAAGGCGGCGAAGAUGAAGUCGGCGCAGGCGAGGGAUUUGAAUAGGCGGGCGAAGCCUCUGGGAAGUAAGUUUUGA